AGCUAGUGGUCAGUGUGGAGGGGGCUCCACUUCCUCCUCCUCCGUUUCUAGCGCUCGGUUGUACCGGACGCAUGGCAUGCACACACACACUGAAGACAUGGAGAGCCUCUCAGAACUCACUGCAACCGCCUGCUCCGUACGGGAGCCCGGAGGGGACAUAAAGUCACCGCAACCAGCGGAGGAGCAAGUCAAUGAAGAGGGCGUCAAACUCAGGUUGGUGAGCAACAGGGAAAGAGUGAGCUCAACACCAUUGAAAGUAGAACCCAUCUGCUACAGUCUCAACAUUGUCAAGAACGUUGCCUUCCUGUACCAGGAGUACCGGGACACAUCCAAGCAGCAGGAAAUCGAGCAGCGACGGCAGCAGGAUGGGUUGACCUCGGGGGUCAGCGCGGGGUUAGGGGUGACGUCCCCACCGGCCCUGCAGCUGCAGCUGAGGAACAACUCUCGCUCUCUGAGUCUGUGGCAGAACCUGGAGGUCGUGCAGCAGAGCGGCCUGCUCACCCAGCUACCGCAGAGAGAGGUCAUCAUACAAGAGGCCAUGUUUGAGCUGGUGACCUCAGAGGCAUCCUACUACAAGAGUCUGGAGGUGCUGGAGACCCACUUCCUGAAGAACCCUGUGCUGGUCAACACACUCAGCCAAUCAGACAUGCACUUCCUAUUCUCCAACAUUGAGGAGGUGAUGAAGGCCAGUGAGAGGUUCCUGAUGGACCUGGAGAACCGCAUUGAACAGUCCCUCCAGAUCUCAGAGGUGUGUGACAUCGUCCACAACCACGCCGUCAAGCACUUCCACGUCUUUAUCACCUACGUCAUCAACCAGGUGUAUCAGGAGAAGAACUACCGACGCAUUCUACAGGGAAACCAGUCAUUCCGUGAGACCAUGGCUCAUCUGGAGAACCAGCCGCAUGUCCGAGGCCUCUCUUUUACCUCCUUCCUCAUCCUCCCCUUCCAGAGGAUCACAAGACUCAAAAUGCUGGUCCAGAACAUUCUGAAGAAGGCGGAGGAGAAUUCAGAGAUGGAGGCCAAUGCCAUCAAGGCUCACCAUCAGCUGGAGCAGAUUGUGAAGGAGUGCAACGAGGGUGUGAGGAAGAUGAGUCGUACAGAGGAACUCAUCAGCAUUGAGAAAACACUGGAGUUCAAGUCUAAGUCGGUGCCGGUGAUCUCCCACUCCCGCUGGCUGCUGAAGAAGGGUGAGGUGCAGCAGAUGACCGGGCCAAAGAGCACUAGGACCAUGCGGAGCAAGAAGCUCCACCACCCUGUCUACCUGUUCCUCUUCAACAACCUGCUACUCAUCACCAAGCGCAGCUCCAGUGGUGAGAAGUUCCAGGUGCUGGACUCGUGCACGCGGGCCAUGCUGAGAACUGAGGACAUGGAAGACCAGGGUCAGAUGCUGGCUAACGUGUUCAACCUGAAACUUCUGGAGAACCAGGAGGAGAGGCAUGUCAACUACAUGCUCAAGACCUCCAGCAUGAGUGAUAAGCUGCGCUGGAUCUGUGCUCUCACGCCAAACCGCCGCACGCGAUUCAUGUCCACCAGCGCCCACCAACCAGCCUCUCCCCAGGUCCAGUGUAUUCAGUCGUACUUGUCUCAGGAGCCAGAUGAGCUGUCCAUUGAGAUGGCUGACGUGUUGAACAUCCUGGAGAGGACAGAUGACGGCUGGAUGAUGGGUGAGAGGCUCCAUGAUGGAGAGAAGGGCUGGUUCCCCUGUCGGGUAAUAGAGGAGAUCAAGAACCAGGAAGUGCGGGCCCAGAACCUCAGGGAGAGCCAGAGGAUCCACCUGGCCCAGGAAGGGGGCACUUCUUCAGGGGCCAGACUGGGCUCCAGGGGUGGCAGACGCACCCCCAAAACCCCCAAAGUCUCAAAUUUCUUCGGUACCUGGACUGACCAGUCAGAGGAGGAACAGUGAAGCACAUGAUAUUCCACACUGAAAGUGAUUGGUUGGAACCCCCUGGCAUCAAUUUUUACUGGACCACAUGGAUCAAAUGACAGAGAUCAUGUGAUUUGAGUAUGGGAUUGCAUUGGAAGAAAGUGACAUCAUGCAAUGACAUUAUUUCCGAUUAACUGUUUCCCUUUCUCAGGUGGUUUUGGUUUGCCAGGGUUUAGGUUCCCAGGCUCCAGGGUUUAGGUUCCCAGGCUCCAGGGUUUAGGUUCCCAGGCUCCAGGGUUUAGGUUCCCAGGCUCCAGGGUUUAGGUUCCCAGGCUCCCCUGAUCGGUCCUACAAUCAGAGUACUUCUUCCAUAACUCCAACACACUGCAUGUCUUACACUACUUCCAGUGGAAUGUUUCAGCACUAACAGUCUAACUGUAAAACAAGGCUCUGGUGGAACAGGAGCUAUGCAUGUGAUGGGAGAAGAUAACCACAGAAACAGUUCUCAAGGGGAUGGUAACAUGUGAAUAUAUCGUAGCCUUGCCUCAACUGCAUGGGCCAAUUUUUUUCUUCAUUUUUUUAAAGCGCUUCUUUGCUAGAAAUGUAAUUCCCCCAGAACAAUGGCUUGACGAUCCACCCUUUUGUAAAGAGCAACUCCUCUAUUGAAACCAUACAAGAAGCACGUUUUAAAAUCCACCCACCAGCACUGAAUGGAAAUUAACCGUGAAUGUUUCAUGAUUCUGUACAGUAAAUAGAACAAUCACAUGACAGAGUGCUUAGUAUUGGGCUGGAGGUAAUUGACUGGAGAAGACAAGCCCUACAGAAUCACAGGCCUUGCUUAAUCAGUGGACGUGUUCUUGGGGUCAGUUCCCUUGCCAAUACUGAUAUGCCACUUACACAUGCACACUGACAUACGCACGCACACACACACUUGGGGAAAUCCUGCACAACUUCUCCAAUGUCAAAAACCCUCCACAGACACCUGGUCCUGAAGCAUCUGCACAGAAUGUGCCAGCACACCGACAGCACUGGAAUGGCAUGCGAGUGACAAAACAUGUGUGUGUAUGAUGAGUAUGUGUAUGUGUGCAUACUGUAUGCCUUGAAUGUUCAAUAUAUAAUUAAAUAAUUACUGAAACAUUGUGCAAUUUAAUUAUGUAAGAAGUAAUUUAUUGUUAAUAAAAUCUAAAUC